CCACAACAACCGUAUCGCGUCAUGCCAGCACCUUGGCACAUUACGUGUGACUCGUGUGUCGCAAAUCUCACGCAUACAGUCCACAUCCAGUGCGUCGUGUGUCCAAGUUACGACUCCUGCGUGCAAUGUUGGGCCAAGGGCGCGGAGACUGGGACGGCUGCGGCCGCGGCGACGGGAUGUGAGGGCGGGAAUGAGGAGGUGAAGUCGCCUGUUGCGACUGGGAGGGGUCAUAAGAAGGAUCACGCGUAUCGGGUUAUCGAGGAACACGCGUUUCCUAUCUUUGAUGAGGACUGGGGAGCGGAUGAGGAGAAUAUGCUGAUCGAGGGAUGCGAACAGUUUGGAUUGGGAAACUGGCAAGAUGUGGCGGAUCAUAUAGGAUCGCGAACGAAAGAAGAAUGCGCCGACCACUACUAUAAAGUGUAUUUGGCGAGUGAUACGUGGCCACUACCGAACAUGAACCUACAAUUCCCACACGAUCCGAAAGAGUUCCGUCAGCGAAAGAGACGCCGCAUUGAACGCCUCCAAGCGCUCUCGAAACAACCGCUGCCACCACGCCCAAAGCCUAUGGCCUCCGUACCAGCUAUGCACGAGAUCCAGGGAUAUAUGCCCGCUCGUCUCGACUUUGAACACGAAUUCGAGAACGAAGCAGAAAUGUCCAUCAAAGACAUGCAGUUCGAAGACAAACUCGAAACCGAAGCCCCAGGCGACGUCGAUUUGAAGUUAGCAACACUCGAAAUCUACAACGCGCGCCUAACCCGCCGUGUCGAGCGUAAACGCGCAAUCCUCGAACAUGGGCUCCUGGAAUACAAAAAACUCCAGUCCAUUGAGAAGAAGAAGACGAAGGAAGAGAGGGAUGUCAUGAAUAAAGCAAAAGUGUUUGCGCGGUUGAUGACGAAGCAGGAUCAUGAGCAGUUUGUGGAUGGGUUGUUGGCUGAGCAUAAUUUGAGGAGGAGGAUUGCGGAGUUGCAGGAGUGGAGGAGGAAUGGGUUGACGACGGUUGAGCAGGGGAACAAGUAUGAGCUCGAUAAGCAACAAAGGGCUCUCGCUAUCCGUAACCCUGUUGGUCUCGGCCCAGCCGAUCGACUCGCGUCGCGCUACACCAACCCCCGCCGCGAUUCCAUGUCCAUGACCGAUGCAACACCACCACCAAUGUCAUACUCCCCCUCCCCACACCUCGCCGGAAUUCCACAACCGACCCCGAUCCCCAUGCACCCCGGUAUGCCCAUGUCCGCCGGCAAAGGCCCCCGCAAACCCCCGAACCCCCUCAACAUCUCAACAGCGGCAGACUACCACCUCCUCACCCCCUCCGAGCAAACACUCUGCUCGCAACUACGUAUCCUCCCCAAACCAUACCUGGUCAUCAAGGAGACCUUGUUCCGUGAGUUGUUGAGAACGGGAGGACAGUUGAAGAAGAGACAGGCGAGGGAGUUGAUCAAAAUUGAUGUGAACAAAACUGCGAGGAUUUUUGAUUUUUUGGUCAGUCAGAAUUGGGUUAAGGUGCCCGGGAGUAUGAGUGGGCCGCCGGCGCCUGGAGGGCCCCCGGGGAUGUCUGGGGCUGGUGCGGCUCCGGCUCCUGCUCCUGAGGCGAAGUAAAGUGAAGGAUAGAGAAACCUUUAUUAAUACUGGUGUUGUACGAUUAUAGUCCUGUUUACACUGUAUCAGAUAGGAUAGUGUUGAGCUUAACCAUUGAACGUAGGCAGGCCGAGGUUCAUGAAGGG